CCCCCCGGGGGCCGAGACACCCACACCCACCCGCCAUGACCGCACCAGCUGCCCAGGCGCCCGGCGACAGCCCGCCGGAGCUCCGACCCGCCGGCGCCGACCGCGACGACAGCAGCUCCGAUGAGCACCACCUCGCCGGCCCUUCGGAGUCGUCGCUCUCGCUGGUCAUGCCGGGGCCGGAUGCCUCCGGCGGCGGAGCCCCUCCCGCCGGCGAUCCUACCACCCUCCACCAGCGGGCCCGGGCCCCCUCGCGAGAUGAGCUGCUCGAAUCGCUGCCCCCGGCCGUGGCCGCCAUCGCCGGGGUCGGCGGUGCCGGCGGUGCCAGCCCUGCAAACCCCUCGCCCCCGGGGACGCGCUCCCGGCGGCACUCCUUCACCAGCUUCACCAAGCGCUCGUUGUCGGUGCUGUCGUCCCUGUCGGGGCCCAGUGCGCCAGCCGCCUCGGAGGCCGGGGCCUCGGAGGUCCCGGCCGACCCGGGCACCGCGAGCGCCGCCCCGCGCGCCCGGCCUCCCUCCCUGACGCCGGUGGCCCUGGCCGCGCGCCCGGCCCAGUCGGCUUUCAGCCCCUCCAGCCAGUCGGCCUCGGCCUCCUUCUCGGAUGUCAGCAUGUCCGGCGGGGGGGCCGGCGACACGUCGGACCUGGUCAUGGUGUCGCCGGUCCCCGUGCCGGUCCCCAGCCCGGCCCCGGUCCCCGUGCCGGCUCCGGCCUCCACCAUGCGCCGGCUGUCGGCGCUCUUUUCCUUCUCCUCGGGCUCAUCGUCGCCGGCUGCGGGCAAUGCCCCGGCCGGCUCGACCCCCGGCAGCCCGAUUCUCUCGGCCAAAGCGGCCCCCCCCCAGCCGGCGCUCUCGUCGUCGCUGGUGGUCGUCGACCACCUGCCAACCGGGCCGCCGCCGCUGCCGCCGGCACAUGCCGCUGCCGCCGGCCCCGGCGAGGGGCUGCCCGAUCUGGGCCCCGGCGGUGGCGGCCCCCCGGCCCGGGGCUCGGCCAGCAGCACCGGCAGCUUUGUCUGCCUGCCGGACCUGUCGGCUGGGAGCAGCACCGGCGAGGCCGGCGACCCGGGGGACUACGAAUUCAUCACCGACGAGGUGCCGGAGCUGGGGCACACCGGGCCCGGGGGCCCCUCCUCGGCCAGCGCCACGCCCGGCACCACGGCCCCCUCCUCCCCCUCGGGUGCCAGCCUCAACAGCGCCCUGUCCUUCCUCUUCCGGUCGAUUGGCUCCAGUCAGUCCGGCACCGGCGCCGGCGCCGGCGCCGGCGCCGGCGCCGGCGCUCCACCGCCCACCGGGGCCAUCCCUUCGGACCCGCCAUCGCCGGAUCUGAAUGGCGGCAGCGCCCGCGGCGCGCCCUCUUACCACGCCUCGGCGCCGGUGUCCUCCUGCAGCUCGCCCUCGGCCCUGGCCGGGCCUUCGGGCUCCUUCGCGCGCAAGGGGUCCUUCAACGGCACGUCGGUGGGGCUGGCCACCCCGGUGCACAUCCGCCCCCCCGGCCCCGGGCAGCAUGCACACCAGCCGCCGGCCCCAGGCCCCCCGGUCGGCACCUACGAAGAGCCCCUCUCCUACAGUGGCAGCACCGGGUCCCUGCUGGGCCACCACCAUGGGCGCCGGCGGAGCAACACCGCCAACCCCUUGCGCUUUUCCUCCGGCGAGUCGACCUCCUCCUCCUCGUUGUCCUCCUCCUUCUCCACCUCCUUCGGCGGGGGGACGCGCCUGGGGACGGGCGGCUUCCCGGGCAUGCGUGGCGGUCUCGGGUCCCCGGAUGCCGGGAGCUCGCUCUCCUCGUCGAGGGCCUCGCUGCGGCCGGGGGCCGGCCACCUGGUGGAUGUCUAUGUGUCGGAUGAGGACGAGUCGGACAUCGAGAAUGCCGUCGGGUGCGGCUUCUGCCAGCGCUGCCAGGACCACUGCGGCUGCGGGUGCCAGUGCAUCCGGGUCCUGUCGUCGGCCGUGCACGCCAGCUGCGUGUGCUACAGCAACACCAACACCCCGGCCGUGCUGCUGAGCCCCAGCGCCAGCGGCGACCUCCUGGGCCGGGGGUCCACCUCGUCCACCGGCAGCGCCGGGCCCGGGGCCCGGACCUCCACUUCUUCGGCCACCGCCAACCCGCCGCCCGCCGCCUGUGACUGCGGUUUCACAUGCGGUGAUUGCCUCGAUGGCGAGCGCUGCGACUGCACGUGCGAUUGCUCGCCGCCCUCGGUGGCCGCCGAUCCCGAUGUCCCCUCGGCCACCAAUGCCCCUCACUGUCUCUGCAUCGUCGGGUCGCCUUCGCAGGAUUCCGGCGUGUCCAUGGUCGAGAGCGCCCCCUCAGCCGAGUUCCUGAUGGCCGGCAACGGCAGCAUGACCUUCACUUCCUUCUCGCCGGUGUCCUCGCCCACGCACCAGCUGCCCUUUGCGUCGGAGGUCUUCUCGCCGACCCCCCCGCCGGUCAUGGUCCCCGGCUCGCCGCCGCCGCCGGGCCUGCCAUUCGCCCCCGGCGGGCAUCCCCUGAUGCUGGCCAUGCACCCUGCCUCCAUGUCCACGGAGCAGCUGCUGUCCAUGUCCGGGCCCGGGACCCCGGUCCCCGGGCCCGCGGCCCCCAUCAUCUGCGCCUCGCCGGUGGCCCCCUUCAAGUGUGCAUCGCCCCUGCCAUCCAUCUGCACUGGAUCCUCCUUCCUGCACUACCCGACCCCCGGUGCCGGUGCCGGUGCCGGUCCCGGCGGGCAGGGCCCCGGCGCCGGCGGGCCAGUCGGCACGCGUGUGCUCUUCCCCUCGCCGCAUCCGGUCGGGCCGGUUGCCGAGCACUUGGGGCCGGCACAUGGCGGCGGCGGCGGCGGCGGCGGGCGCAUUCGCGCAGCCUCCUGCCUGGAGCCAGGGUCCCAUGCCAAUCGGGCCUGGGGCGGCGAUCGGGAACUCCUCCCCGGGCCGUCCUCCCUGGCACUGGCGUCACCACCGCUGUCUUCGGCUUCCGGGUCGGGAUCGUCCUCGGCCUCGUCGUCGGCUUCCUCCGGCGUGGCGGCUCCCCUCCCCGGUGGCGGUGGGGCCCUGGUUUCCGGGUCCAUGGAGGGCCUGCACCAGCUCCCGCGCGGCAGUCGCCUGAGCUUCAGCUCGGCCGUGGCCAAUUGCCCGAUCACCGGGGCCACCUCCCCCGGGCUGGGCAUGUCUCCGGCCGGUGGCGACGCCGGGGCCUGGCCCGGCAGUGUGCCCCAAUCGUCCUCCGGCGCCGAGGGGCCGCCAUUGGUCAGCCCGUCGGGCCCGGCGCCGCUGCUUCGCGGGCGAACCUACUCCUCGCAGUCGGUGGCCUUCGGCCCCGGGGCCGGGGGCUCCCUUCACACAUCGCACUCCUCCUCCACCACUUCCCUUCACACGUUGGCUUCCCUGCCGCCGGGGCACUUUGCGGUGGUCUACCCGCCGGCCAGCAUGCCGGUGCCUUUGGCGGCCACCGCGACCGCCAUCGGCACCGGGGCCGGGGCCGGCACCCCCGGGUCCGGGUCUGGGUCUUCUUCCGGGGCCCGGCGCUUCAUCCGCCUCGGGCGCACUUCAUCCAUGACGGCCUAUGGGCAGAGCCCCUCGCGCGGGGCCGGGCACGGGGUGGUCGGCCCGUCGCCGACCUCCCUGUCCUCCCCCUCGCUGCCGGUGUUGGACAUGUCCCCGCCGCUGUAUGUGUCCUCGCGGUUGGAUGACGCGCCCCCGGUGGCCGGCGGCCAGCAGGGCCCCGACACCCCCCACGCCUCCCCCCAUCACCCGUAUCAUCACCCGCAUCACCACCCGUAUCAGUACUCGUACCAUGUGCACCCGGAGAGCAUGAGCCCCGGGGCCGGGCUCUACCUGCAUUCAUAUCACGCCGGGGCCCAGGCAUCGGCAUCGCACUCGCCGCUGCUCUCGCCGCACCCCUCGCCGGCCCCCUCGCCGGCCAUGCCCUUCCCGGGGGCCGGGCCGGUGUCUGGGUCGGUGCCCGGCCAGGGCCCUGCACCUCCGCUGCCGACCCGGGAAACGCGCUCGCUCGAAGUGGACAAGGCCCCCGACGGCCGGCGCAUGAUCAAUGGCUACCACCUGGGCGGGGUCGUGGGCGUCGGAGCCCAUGGCAAGGUGUACCGGUGCAUUUGCACCCGCACGUCCAAUGUGUAUGCCAUGAAGAUCGUCGACAAGGUCCCCCGGUCCAGCCGGUCCUGGGGCGGCCUGCGCAAUCGGGCCGGCGAUGAUCCCCACACGCGCGCCCUCCGUGAGAUUGCCAUCCUUCGGAAGGUUAACCACCCGCAUGUGGUGCGCCUGAUCGAGGUCAUCGACGACCCGUCGAGCAACAAGAUUUUCAUGGUCCUCGAAUACAUGGAGGGCGGAGCCAUCCCCUACCAAGACCCGAGCGUCGAUGGGCCGAUCAUGUGCGAGGAUCGUGUGCGGCACUAUUUCCGUGAAAUUCUCCUCGGCUUGGAAUUCCUCCACUACCAGGGGAUUGUCCACCGCGACAUCAAGCCGGCCAAUCUGCUCCUCGACAGUACCCGCUCGCAUGUGAAGAUCUCGGACUUCGGCGUGUCGUACCUGAAGCCCGAGGUCGUCAACCCGAGCAAGCACCGGGCCCCAUCACGCCUCCAUGUGUCCGAGGAAUCGGAGGAGGUGGCCCUGGCCAAGACGGCCGGCACGCCGGCCUUCUUCGCGCCGGAGCUCUGCGCCGUGGAUGAUGACGAUCACCCGGUCGGCAGCAAAUCGCCACCCAUCUCGCAUGCCAUUGACAUCUGGGCCCUCGGUGUAACGCUCUACUCCUUCGCCACCGGGAAGCUGCCCUUCUGGGCGGAGAACGAGUUUGAGCUCUACCAGGUCAUCCUGAAGACCGAGCCCCAUUACCCCGACUGGCUGAACCCCGAUUUGGUGGACCUCCUCCAGGGGAUGCUCACCAAGAACCCCCUGCAGCGACUGACCAUCGCCCAAAUCAAGCAGCACCGGUGGACCCUGACCGCCUUGUCCGGCUACCCGGCCGGGUCCGAGGCGGCCCUCGACGCGGCCCGCAUGUGGCUCAAGCACACGGACCCCUCGCGCUUGGCUCCCCCGGUGCAGGUGUCCCAGAAGGAGGUCAAUGAGUCGCUGUCGAAGUUCUUCAUCGGCACCUUCCGCAAGAUGUCGGCCCAGCUCCGGCAGGGCUUCAACACGCACCAGGGCUUCCCCCAGCCCGGACAGGGGGGGCACAAGUACUCGUCAAAGCACUCGCGGCCCUCCUCCCCGCCGGCCACGCUGGACAUGGCUUCCCCGCCGGCCGGCGGCCCCGGCAUGCAUCGCAACACGCGGGGGUUCUACCACUCGGGCAUGGCUGGGGCCCCGGGCACUGGGGCCGGGGCCGGGGCCGAUGCCCUUGCUGUCUCCGGCAAGCCCGGCGCCUUCCUGUCGAGCAGCCCGAUGGCGGGGCUGGCGGCCACCGCGGCGGCCACCGGCCCCGGGAAUGGGGUCUCGCCGGAGCCGUACCAGCGGCUGCGGUCGGCCUCGGCCCGGCCGGCCCUGUCGAUCUCGACGCAUGCCGGGUCGCGGGGCGGCGCCCCCGCCGGGCCGACCCCGGGCCUCGGCUCCUCGGUCGCCGGGGCUCCCCUGUCGCACCCCUCGUCGCCGGUCUUCUACCGGAACCGGUCUCUCUCCUCGACGCCCUCCUCCCCGUCGCUGACCACGCGCUCGACAUCGGUGGCCUCGCCGCAGACUCCGACGCACCCGGAGCACCAUCAGCAGCUUGGCCCCGGGGCCGGCGGCAGCGGGCCGGCCCCGGCCUCUCCGCCGGCGGUCCACACCUAUCAUCAACACCUCCACUCCAGCCAGCAGACGGCCGACCACCACCCUCGGCCUGGCUCCAGCGGCGGCUAUCUCGAGCCCCUGUGCGAGCGGUCGGCCUCCGGCCUCUCCCUCUCCCAGACUUGA